AUGUCAACUAAGGAAGGAAUUAAGUUGGAUCACCCAUUGAUACACUGGGUAAAAGCAGUGUAUGGUGAUGGUAGACAGAUACGCUUUAGUGAUUUAUUUGAUGGUGUUUUACUAAAUGAUUUGAUGUGUAUUGUUGAUCCAAGACCAGAUGACAAUAUAGUGUGCAAAGAUGUUAGUGAUUUCAAUACACGGCUAUUUAAUUGGGAUUUGCUGUUAAAAAGUAUACAGGCAUAUUAUAAAGACGUACUUCAAGUCUAUUUAUUUGUGGCAGCCCCUGACAUAUAUUUGAUUUCACGUGAACCUGAGACAGAAGCUAGUUUUAAAGAAGUUUGUAAAGUGUUGCUGCUUAUACUGGGAUGUGCAGUUCAAGGUGAACAAAAAGAAGACUUUAUAUUUAAUAUUAAACAGCUAGAUGUGACAGUUCAACAUGAUAUAGUGACUUAUAUUCAAGAAAUA